AUGGAAGCAAAAGAUAUAGAGGAACAUUUGAUCGGUACAUCAGAUGCGACUGAUGAAGACUUGAGGAUUCCUCGCGAUGUUUUCCGCAGUAGAUUUCGAUACGGAAUGGUCCGGCACAGGCUUGUCCUCAUUUCGCUAGGGUUAGAAUUAGCAGUGAUUGCCGUUUUGAUCCAUAUGGGAUUCCAAGCUGAUGAUAAAGAUGACAGGAUUGGGAUUACAAUUUUUGUUAUAUUAGCCGGAUCAGUGGUUAUGCUGUCAACGGGUGUUAUCACAUAUUGUGUCGUGCGUGGGCGGGCGGCUACUUUGACGAACAAACUGGGGUUUAUGAAAGAGAUAGCGACCGUAAAACCAGGCAUAGAAAUGAGGGAGUGGGAUAUUAUUGCAGCUAGAAUGAACCCGAUUUUGCACCGGAGCAGCUCAUUGUUAACACCUUAUUUCUUUUACGACGGUGAGUCAUGCUAUUCCUACUUUAGGAGCACCUAUCUACAGCCGUACUUGAACAGAAAAAAUGGAAAUGAAAUAUUCCGAGCUCCUGUCGAUGACUUCCAGACUUUUCUUGACCAUGUUAUAAAAAUAUACGAGGAAAGAGCGAACGAGGACUGGCAACGAAUUUUAAAUGGAAGCUCGUCUCUGGGACCCUAUGAGACGUCUAAAUACUGA